GGAUGCACAUAAACUUCCAGAGGUCUUCGCGCAUCUCUGGAGUCGGCCGCUGGACCCGCUGGCGCGCGGAGCGCGCCAGGAGCGGCGCCGGAGACGCGGCCAAAGCGGCCAGGGCCGACACCAGGAGUCCGCGAGGACCUCCGAAAGUCUAUGCCGUUGCAGUUGUUCUCCUUCGACGUGCAGCUCAGCCGAACUCUCCCAGCCAUGGCGCGCAUCGCAGCCGUGCUGCCGGUGCUGGCCCUGGGCGCCGCCCAGCACCGCGAGGCCUGGUGCGGCAACGACACCGGCGGCCGCUGCAGGGUCUUCGCCUGCCACCCGUGGCGCCGCGGCGCCGAGUGCGACGGUGACACGGCCAGGUGCCUGUGCCCGCAGGGGGCGUGCUCGUCGGAGGAGGGCAUCUGUGUGCCGCAGGAGGCGGCCUGCAGCGCCGACACCGGCGGCCGCUGCAGGUUGCUCGGUUGCGACGACUGGCGGCGCGGCGCCAGGUGCAACACGACCGCGGGCCACAAGUGCUUGUGCCCACGAGGGACGUGCUCGUCGAUGGACGGCAGCUGCGUGGGGGGGGAGACGAAGGUCGAAGGAGAGCCAACGGCAUAUGCAUGAUCCUUCGACGGUCCGGAGGUGUCUCUUGGAUCUGCGCGGGACCCCCUGGGGGCGCCUCUGGCGCCGCCCCUGGCGCGCUCCGCGCGCCAGGGAGCGGGGUCCAGCGCAGAUCCAAGAAUGCUGCGCGGAGCGUCAGAAGUCUAUGUUUAGGCCGACUUUUCUUCCUGAAGAAGGGGGUUGCCAGCCAGAGCAGGGUAUUCACGGGCCACAUAUGCAGCAAGUUCUUUAGCAUGACCAUGAUUUCCUGUCCAUCCGAGGAUGAGGUUGGGCCCACCGAGUGCGUUGCCGGGAAGUGCAUCUGCAAGGAGGGGUUGUACUACGUCUGCCACGAAAGGCGCGACAACAGCACGUGGUCGGGCUGCAGCAAGGAGUGCAAGUGCCAGCAGCAGCGCCCAGUAGAUGGUUGCACGCCGAUAGCCGCGCUGGCAUCAGCACGGGCCGAUUCCCUACAGAUUUGAUGGCCGUGACGCCAUCGCGUCCCUUUGUGAUCAUUUAGCUUCCAGGCUUCGUCGCACAGGCGCUGCCAUCCACAGGGUUUCGCCCGCCGCCGCCGCCGCCCCCCUCCGUUCGGAAUUGCCUGCAUUGCUGCGUUGGUUGGGUUGGCUGGAUAAUCGGCUUGCCCCCUUCACCUCUGAGAGGUGAGUAUCUCUGGCCCCAUGUACUUUGCAUCGGCGGAGGGUGUCGGCGAGGCCGAUGCUUGUUACCGCCGGGGCAGGUUCCCCGUCGUCGUCAUCGUCGGUUGGCUGGGGGACAGUAGGGUAGGAUUUCUACGUCACAUAAUGCUGCAUCCGUAAGGGGAAGGUCCUGCUAGAGCCGCGCGCGUCUCCCAGUUGGACCUCUCCUCCGCGAGCGCUGCCACCUUGCCAGCUGCGCAACCGUCACCACUCUCGGCAGCGUUUGGUCGGUGGGGUCGCAUCCGGACCUCAGCUGGACCUCCUCCCCCUGUGCGCUGCCAAGUGCGCAGCUGACUCUAUUAUCGGGUCUUGCGAGGUGGGGUUGCACGUGGAUCCAAACUGGACCUCCCUUCCCGUAGGCUGCCAACGGUGGAGCUGUCGCAGCCCGCGUGAGCGGAGAGGGACCCUGUGCGGAUCCCAUUUGGACCUCUCUUCUCCCCAGGCGCUGUCUGCAGCGCAACUCCUCGCUCUAUGUUCGUGAGCCUGCGCGGGGGGGCGGUGCAAUGCAGUGGGGCCCCAUGCGGAUCCAAGCUGAGCUUAAGUCGGGC